AUGUAUAUUUGGAAGAAGCAGUCUCCCUUUCUAUAUGACGUACUGGUCACAAGAGCACUAGAAUGGCCCACUCUUACUGUACAAUGGCUCCCAGAAACAUCACAAAGUGACUUUUUCACAACAUCGAGCCUUCUUUUGGGCACCCAUACAUCACAAAAUGAUCAUGACUUCGUCGAGGUCGCUAAAGUGGAUAUCCCCAAGAGUGAUUACAACGGUACACAGGGAACUAUUCUAAACAAAGUGGACGUAAUUCAGAAAAUUGACCAUGAAGGAGAGGUGAACAAGGCUCGUUAUUCUCCUAAGAGCCCCAAUGUCAUUGCUACAUUAUCACCUUCCGGUGACACUUUGAUAUUCGAUAGACAUAGAUUACCAGAGCGGUCUGAAGACCAUAUUAGUAGACCCUAUCUACGGCUCAAACAUCAUACUAGUGAAGGCUGGGGCCUGUCGUGGUCCCCUUUCGAUAGUGGAAAGUUGGUAACUGGCUCUGAAGAUAAGACAGUGGCUAUUUGGGAUAUAAGUAAAAGUGGGGAAGAAGGUGAAGGUGCCAUUGUCAAGCCAAUUGAAGUUAUCACCACCUUUGAUGCUAUUGUAAAUGACGUGAGCUGGUCUCCAAAACUACCGACAGUAUUUGGUGUUGCGGGGGAGGACCAAAGCAUCCGUAUUUUCGACACCAGAUCUUUGCGGUCGUCAGUCUUUGCUUUUGAAGAAUGCCACAAAGGGGCUAUUAAUGGGCUAGAUUUCAAUCCCUUUCAUGAACACAUUUUUGCUACAGCAUCAUCGGACGGGCAAGUUGGUAUAUGGGAUUUGAGAAAGGGUUCGCAGCCUCUCAGCAAGCUUGAGGGACAUUCAUCAGAAGUAUCUGGCGUCGAAUGGUCUCCACAUGACUCUUCUGUACUUGCUUCUGCUGGCUAUGAUCGUCGUGUAAAUAUCUGGGAUCUCAGUCUUUCUGAAGUGGAGCUUUCGUCGCAGGAGCUAAAUGAGGGCCCGCCCGAACUACUGUUCAUACAUGGCGGCCAUACGAAUAAGAUAUCUGACUUUUCCUGGCAUCCUGAACUCCCGUGGGUAAUUGCUUCAGCCUCAGAAGAUAAUGUGGUACAAGUUUGGAAAGUCGCUGGUGCUAUUGCUGACAAACCUCUUGAAGAGGAAGAAGAGCAGGCUAACGAGGAAGAUUAG